CUAGUUUAUAUACUGUAUAUGCACAUAUAGUUUUAACGGCGUGCCAAUUUGACUUAAUUUUCAAAUAUCCAGUUGGGGUAGACUGCAUCUCGUUCUACUGUGUAAUUUCAGUGCUUCCUUUCCAACUCUUCUGACAGCACUUGAACACAUCACGGGAUUUUACGGGCACUGCACAAAAAAAUCGGGCGGAACUAGUAUUUAAAAAUACUUGUAUAGACGGGCACAAGCCUUAGUAUGACACUCUAUUGUAAAACAGGUCGCCGUGUAUCCGAUGUGUCAGGCGUUUGUCUGUUUUUGCUGUUGUGAAAGCGAACCAACCAGUAAAGUUAGUUGAGUAAGCUAAGCUAACGUCACUUCGCUACUCGCGGGCAUGCAUUUUAAGAACGAGUUACGCAUCUCUCGUAUCUGUUGUGAGUACAAACAGAGAAUGUUCCGACUGUGAUCUACAUAACGUAGCCUGUGUGGUUUUCUGAUCUGCAUCUGGAGCAAACUCAUUAUCCGGUGGCGUCGACUAGCUAAGCGGCUAACAUUCGUGUUAAACAUGGAGGACGAAGAAGUGGCAGAUAGCUGGGAGGAAGCGGCGGACAGCGGGGAAAUUGAAAGAAGAAUUGAGGCAAAGCUGAAGAUAAACCAGAAAGCAAAGAAAUCCAGUUUGGGUUUGGAUGGUUCACCUGUGCGCACUGCUAUUGUAAUACAGGACGACUCACUUCCCGCUGCCCCUCCACCUCAGAUUCGGAUUUUAAAACGGCCAACUAAUAACGGUACUGCUGGGAAUACUGGCUCUGCAACUCGUCCCUCCCAGCAAAUGAAGUCUUUGGCGCAGCGUGAGGCAGAGUAUGCAGAAGCUCGACGACGGAUUUUGGGCAGUGCUUCUUCAGAAGAGACGCCUCAGGACAAUUCCUGCCUGGAAAGGCCAGUACGUGUGAGUACACAGCACCCACCAUCAGAACCAGUCCGUCCCGGCAACCAUGCCAUCCGCCAACCCACAGGGCCAAAUGGCACUUCUGGAUUCCGACUUUGCAGAUAAAGCCUGGUGCCAGGGAUAGUUUGGCUGCUGUGGGCAGGGGACGAGUGGGCGCUUACAAGGAGUAUACAUGGUGUGUUGAGCAGAAUGGUGUGAUGAUGCUGAAUGUGACAGACGUGAAGCUGUACCUCUGUGCUCUCGGCUCAGCUUACUUUAGGUCUUGCCUUCUGCCUCGUCUCUCCCGUUGUGGAACACAAUAAGGGGCGGGUAUGAAAAAUCCAAACCCAUUUUGUUCCACACUGUGAUUAGACUUGCACCUUUACACACUGUGAUACCGUGAUGACGCCUGGCCCCUCAUACUGACUCUGGGUGAUCUGCAUCGGGACUCUGGCCCUACAGAAACAUCUUCAAAGUUUGUCAAUCUCGCUAAAGGAAUGGUAAAAGGAUAAGCUGGACUUUUACAUGGCAGAAAUUGGAGGACCUUUGGAUCAGCCAUGGCUUCAUUGUCAACUUGGAGGAGAAUUCAGUGUUUGGCACGGUUAAGGCUGUUCAACUAAGUUAGCGGUGAUGGAAUGUGAAGAGGUUUAUGUUUUAGUCCUCAUCUGGUGUAGACAGCUUGGAACGAAAGCUAAGCGAUGCUCGCUGGACACACAGGAGGGAAAAUCUAAUUGAAUUUAAGUUUUUCAAGCAAUAAUAUUCAAGUUCCUCCCUGGCUUUUUUACAGAUUGUCCAACUUUCUGUGUUGUGUUUUUUAAUCAUUUGCUUUGACUUAGUUGUAUUUUUUUAGUUUUUGAAACAAGAGAGCAGUAGUUUUUCAGAUUGUUUACCGCUCCAUGAUAAACUCCAUCAAUGAUGUCAUAAUAAAGUCCAUAUGUAUUUGAAAAGUCACAUCUAUUUAUCAAUAGGUUUUGUGUAUGUUUUUUCACGUGUUGUCUUUGUGGUACAGAGAAUAUUGUUUGUGCUCCAAACAGCUGCACUACAUUUAUGAUUGUGAGUUUGAAUAUACAUUCUGGGUGAAAAAAAACUUUGGGGUUUUUUUUGGUGUUGUUCUGAAUGAAAAGGGUGAUCUGGUCAAUGUUGGUUGUUACGAGGAACAGUUGCCACUGACUGGUUAAGUUUCUCUACCAAUGGAGCUUUCAUCGUAUGUGGUUGUACGUCAGUCCAUUGACAUACGUUCUUAAGUUACCAAUCAAUACAUAUUUAAUGAUGCCUGCAGCAACUCUAAGCUAUUGUUACUUGCCUUAAUGAUCCUUGUGAUUAUAUUAACUUUUCAAUUUCCAGUGCUUGUCUGUCUGGUUAAGCUUUUCAUUGGUCAGAGUGAAUUGUCCAUAACUCUGUUCCAAAUAGCUGUCACACAAAAACCAGCUGAAUUAUUAUUUGACACAUUUUUUUCUUUUCUUUUUUUUGAGAGCGGAGUUUGUUUACAUGCACCUAUGUUAAUGGAUAUAGUACUCAUUUUGAGUUUCAAAGUGAUAUCUAAGUUAUAUAUCUGUGUGACAGGAUGUGUAUGAAGAUCCAGAUAUCUUCAUGGCAAUUAAGCUAGCACAUAGUUAUCUUCAAUUGGAAGCACUCAGGUAAACAAAGAGUUUUGAAAUGGAAGGAUUCAGUAGGGUUUACUGUUUACAUGAAAGUUGGUAUCCAAAUCCUACCAAACCGGUCCUGAGGUGUGCAUGUAAACAUACUCAUUGUUUUCAGGAUACUUGCAUCUCCCAAACACAUUCUAAUGUUUAAGCGACAUAUUGGUUCUGUAACUUCCACAUAGACUCAGAUCAUAAUAUGUACCGGUGUGUCUGCAGGUUACCUAUUUGCACACUGCGGAAGUUGGGUGUUGCUUCAAAUAAGGAAGGAAUAAGUAAAAGAAUGGCUACCCUUUAAUAA